AUGCGCAGCCCAGCCAACUCCGACGAGCGUCGCGGGCGCUUCACAGUCUCCGAAUUGAUCGUGCCUGCAGACAAGAUCCAGCGUCCGGAGCGGCUCGACUACUCCCGCCUCCCUGCUCGACGUCCGUAUACUACGACCGCUGAACGGAUCGCCCCCGGCACCUGGCUCAUCGUGAUCCAGUGGGAUAACAGCCUCCUCGGCCUCCAGGCCGGGGAGCACAUUCGCGUGCACCAAGACAUCUGCACGGUGGCCCUGGCCCGCGCUUUCAAGGAGCUGUGGGCCCGGUUCCCGACCUGCAGGCUCGUCUAUGGCUGCAUCGACGUCUACUCCACGGUGGGACUGUACAGCAGUGAGCAACAGCUGCUAUCCUCAUCGGAGGAUGGGGCCAUCGCUUUGAAGCCCUGGUGGUUUAAAGCGAGCCCAGCUCUCAACGGUGACGAUGACGACUCGAUUGCCCUGAACAAGCUUCUUGCAGAGUGGAAAUCUGUCGUCCCGCGGAAUGCCUGCGACGCGAAGGAGACUGAGUGGUGUGAUAGCCAUCAGCCAAGGGAGGAAGGAGUUAUACGGCUGGGAAGGCCGCUUGCCAGCUCGGUAUCCCGAGCGGAUGGGCCGGACGGUUAUUCACCCUUGUUGGCCCUGGGGUCGUGCAGUCUAUGUGGUAAGGAUCAUGAGCCCUAUCCUGGGAUCUGGUCUCAGGCAGCUUAA